AUGCAAUGUAUAUGGGUAGAGUUAAAAUCAUUAAUAGAUGAAGACCUAAUUCAGUACAUAGGUGUUUCUGAAGAUGAAUUGCAGAAAGCAGACACAUCUGUUCAUAAUCAUCUUCUCAAAAAGAUACAAGAACUAGAUAUUAAUGAUUUAACCUAUGAUGACCCAUUGGCUAAUGGUAUAAUUGACCUCAGAUCCUCUCAAUACCAGUUAGUGGAUGAUGACUACGACAUCCUUGCAGGUGAGAAAUGUGGCAUAGGGAAGUUAAGAAAAG